AUGAGCGUCCUCCUGGAGACCAUCCUCGGGGACAUUGUCGUGGAUCUGUUUGUCGACGACUGUCCCCGGACGUGCCGGAACUUCCUGAAGCUGGCGAAGGUGGGCUUCUUCGAUGGGAGCCCCUUCCAUCAGAUCCAGCGGGACUUUGUGCUGGCCACCGGCGACCCGAUUGGCGGGCACGAUGCGGCCGGGGCGCGGGCGUCGCGCUUCGCCAGCUCGGCGGCCGGGCUGAUCAGGCCGGAGGAGCGCUUUUUCGCGGACGAGCUGGCCGGUGCCCGGCGUGCGGUGGCCCGGGUGGGCGACCAGGUGGGCUACGUGUGCAUGGCCAACGCCGGGCCGGACCGGAAUGAGUCGCGGUUCUUCAUCACGGCGGUCCGGGCGUCGGAGUCGGAGAGUGUGGCGGCCCUGCUGCGGCGCCACACGGUGUUCGGCAUCGUGGCCGAGGGCCAUGACACGCUGGCCAAGCUGGGGCAGGUGGAGUCGGACCGGCACGGCGCGCCGUAUUACGAUGUGCGCCUGCGCGCGGCGCACCUGGUGGACGAUCCGUUUGACGAUCCGCCGGGGCUGGCGGGCGUCCGGCUGCCGGUGUCCGAGUGGGAGGCCGAGCGCGCGAAGCGUGGCCUGCUGCCGGAAACGGAGCUGGAGAUGGUCGAGCGCCCGGCGGCGGUGGACGCGGCGCGCGUGGCGGAGCGCUCGCAGCAGAUGCGCGACAGUGCCUUUGCCACGACGCUGACGCUGCUGGGGGACCUGCGGCAGCCGGACUCGGCGCCGGAUGAGCAGGUGCUUUUCGUGGCGCGGCUGAAUCCGCUGACGCGGUCCGGGGACCUGGAGACCAUUUUCGGGCGCUUCGGCCGGGUGACCUCGUGCGAGGUGAUCACCGACCGGAAGACCGGCCAGUCGCUGGGGUAUGCCUUCGUGCGGUUUGCCCGUCGGGAGGAGGCCGAGGAGGCGUACCUGAAGAUGGACAAUGUGGUGAUCGAUGACAGCCGGAUCAAGGUGGACUUUUCGCAGUCGGACUUCCGGCACCGUCCUGCCGGGAUAUGCUGA